GCACUUAGGACAAAACAUGUGUUAUGUUUUCCCCGUGUAGAACACUUGACAUCAUUUCUAUGUUUUUUCGUAAGGUUUUCAGGGUUGGUGCGUCGCAACACAAACAAUCUUUGUGUCGUUGCUCCACAGAUAACAAGAUCAUCACUUUCACUGUCCUCUUUUCUCCCCUUCAAUUAGCAUGACAAAGCAUUUUUAACAGCCUCCACCCCCUUCACUCCUUUUUUUUUUCCCUUUUAAAAAUUUGUAAUCCCUCCAACUUGAGAACACCUCGAGGAGGAGGAUCCUGCCGGAAUAAUUCAGCGAGGAUAAAAGGAGUAAAAGUAGCGACUGGCAGAGUUUAAAAUAGUUCAAGUGCAUCUUAAAGCGACUCGAAGCGCUGCUGGCAACAUGGCGGCCCCUUUCAGGCCGCUGGCAAAGCCACUUCCUGUAAAGACGCCCCGCCGAGGCUUCAUACGCGGGAUUUCUCAAAGUCAGCCCGGCUCUCUUCUGGCACGCUAUUCCUCUUUUCAUUGAACAGCUCCGGCAGCUUUUCCAGUUAAAUGGACUGUUCAUUAUUGGAGGGGCAUUUUACGGAGGGGCUGUGAGGUGCAAUUUAAUGAAUCUCUGACACAAAGCUUCCUUUCACUGCCCCCGCCAAAGAAUGGGGGCUAUUUAGACCCUGUAGGGCUUUAUGUCAAAGGCAGACCAUAAUAGUUGUCAGGCCGAGGCACAAAUUCCCACUGGCCUGGGAAGGCACCAGAAAUCAUUUCAUGUCAGCAGCAGAUUAAAACACAAGCCGACGCUCGGGAGGAUUUUGGGAGCGAAUGACGGCAUCUGUUCCGAGGCAAAGAUUUUCCCACGACGUCGUCACUGUAAAGAGCCGUCUCCAGUUCUGGAAAUAGAUGAGGCAAAAAAAUCCUUCUUUUUCCUUCACAUGCCCAAACUAGAGGGGAGGUUUUUGCGCCCCCCCAGCCAGCGAGCGUGGAAUCUCAGACAAUCCUUGAAGGAUGCAGGUGGCCCGGGAAACGCAAAGAGUUAAAUCUUUGACGCCCCUCCCAUUCUGUGUUCAUCAUCACGGGGUCCCGCCCCCUGAAAGAUCCGCGCACUCCCCUCAGAGCUCCUCACUCCAGCUGGGAAAUGUGCGGCAGCAUCAGGACCGAGCGUGCGUCGGGAAGGAACAUGCUCUGAGGACAUUUUUGGGAUCCAGGCGGACGCUGCAGGUGUGGGAAGACAGGAAUGGCCGUUCAGACCGCCAUCAUGAACCCCCAGUUCAUGAAUUUCUGCUUCCCGGGAUCCAUGAUGGAGUAUGACGUGGACAAGAGUCCGGACGGGGGUCUCCUGGGCGAGGUGGAGACCGAGGAGGACUACAGGGAGACCACUAGAGAGCUGCUGAGCUUCAUGGACUCGGCCUCCAGCAACAUCAAGCUGGCGUUGGACAAGCCGGUCAAGUCCAAGAGGAAAGUCAACCAUCGCAAGUAUCUGCAAAAGCAGAUCAAGAGGUGCACCGGGAUGAUCUCUCCAGGGAACGACGCCACGGGGAAGGGCCAAGGUGCCUCUUGCCCCCCAGCGGGCCAGCCCCUCGCCGCCGCCUUGCAGAGCAAAACGCUCCCCAAGCGUGACGGGGUCCAGGCCAGUUUGCAGAGCCGCAGCCUGGCCGCCCUCUUCAGCCCCGCUAAGGACAUCCGAGGGGAAAAGGCCAAGAAGCCGCCCCUGCGCCAUCGCAACCUGCCCCCCUCCUUCUUCACCGAGCCGGCCAACUGCUCUAGAAUGUCCCCCGUGUCGGGAAUGUCGCUGAGGGACCUCGAGCGCUCCAACCCGGAGGCCACAGACUUCUUCGAGCUGCUGGGACCCGACUACGGCAACAUGGCGGGCGAGCAGGAGCUCUACCCACCUGUGCGGGGGCAGACGGACAUGGGAAGCCAGGAUGUCACCGCCCACGACACCCACCACUUCCUCGGGGGUCUCGUGUACCCGGAGCUGUGGACUAGCUGCUCGCCGCCGCUCGCCAGGAAGCUUCCGGAGAGCCUGCGCGCCAGUCCCGCCGCCCAACCUGCACUCUACUGCCACCCGGAGGCCGCCCCCGUGGCCGUGGAGGAGAACGCGCUGUGCUCGUUGGCCUUCUCCAACUUCUUCACGGACUGCUCCAUACCUCACGUCAACUACGACAGCUAUUCAUCUCUAUGAGACAUCUUUUGGACAGCAGCUUCUCCCAACCUUGGGAAGGCCUGGGUUAAAGCUACAAUAUGUAAUAACUGGAUUAAAGCUACGAUAUGUAAUAAGACCUUCAAAAUAACACUCACUUGCAUUAAGGACAAUAGAGGCUCAGCUGCUGCCGUGGUGACAACCACACCUACUAGAGCAAUUGUUACACUGGUGGACCAGCCAGGACCAUCUCUCAUGUUGUGUUAGCAUUGGCGAUGUUUAUUUAAAAAAGCAAUAUUAUAACACGAACGUUAGCGAUUAGCAUGUACACUCACUAGCUUCUCUCUAGGGGAGGCCCUGCCACAAAACAAGUGUUCCUUACUGUUGCUUUAAAACGUCCGCACGUCCACACGUAGUCUUGAGAUAUUUCGGUGUUUGUGUACAUUUCUAACACUGUGAAAUGAUGUCAGAUGAGGAAUUUGAAGCCGCAGAGUAGACUAGUCAUCCGCUAGAUCACAUGAUCAGUCGACAAAGCUCUCAAAGCGGCGUUGUGUUGUUGCUUUGUCAUGUUUGCGUGAAGAUGCGACGCUCGCUCGGAACAUCUCCAAGCCCCACAAAAGGGUGUUGAGAUUCAGCGCUAAAACCCUUUUGGAAGGCGUGCGGAGAUGAAAUAAAGCUGGUCUUUAUUGCUCUUAAAA